GCCAGCAUGCUGGACUCCGACCUGAAGACCAUCCAGUCCGAGCUCUUCGAGAAGAACAAGGAAGCGUCGGAUCUGCGUCACAGCCACGGCAAGCUGAAGAAGCAACACCAGGAGAAGAUGGCGGAGCUGAACCACGCCAACCGGCGAAUGGAACACCUGGAGGGGGAGGUGAAGAAGCUGCGUCUGCGGGUGGAGGAGCUGAAGAAGGAGCUGGGCCAGGCGGAGGACCAGGUGGGUCGCGGUUAUGGGCGGAGGACCAG